GAAGUGUUAGCUUACGUUGGAGGGGAAAAACUCAACAUGUAUCUACAUUUCGUGUUGUGCCGAGACUUUGCACUUCUCCAUAGGUAGAACUACUACAUAUGAAGCAUCCUUAACCCAUUAUAACAAGGUCUUGCCCUCUAGACAGGAGUGUUGUUCUCAGCCACUCUUUGACUGCUGCGGAUUGGCGGGUCGAGCGAUUCAGACAAGAGGGUGAUAGGAAAAACUUGAAGUCUCCCAGGAGGGUAUGAGUGUGUCGCUGUCUCCAAGGAAACCAAUGACGGGGAAUGGAGUGUAACAAAAAAACCCUACUGUGAAAUGAUGCUCGGUUUCUCGGAAUCGAUACAUCUCUAAUCGGAAGAGCAUCGUUUCCUCUGAUUGGUUCGUUCGGGCGAGCGCGUCUGCAGUGGGACUAUAUAAGCGCAACAGGCGACCUGCGGAUCUGAACCUCUCUCACCGCAGCCCGGGGAAAAGACAGCACACACACUAAUGAACACUGAAGUGCCUGCGAAGGUGAAUACUGUGUGAGGAUUCGCAGAGAAGAGGAAAAGCAUUUGCAAAUCCAGCGACAGCACAUCACCCAGUGGGUUCAGCCCAGAGGGAUCAUGUGGGUUCUGGAGAAGAUCCGGGACUCAGUUGAAACAAAUGUUCUCCGCCAAGGAGAGGCUGGUGACAAGGGGAAGGCGCCUGUUUAUAGCAACGUCCUCACACCUGACAAGAUUCCAGAUUUUUUCAUCCCCCCAAAGCUGGUAAGCUGCCCACCGGAGACCGAAGCUUCUGACGUCAAGUCCAAAGAAACUCUGAGACCCUCGACAUCAGAGCAAACCAUCAGCAACAAGAAGAUCAGCAGCCCUCGAAGCCCACGACUGGUCAGCAAGUUGGCAGGAGACACCAAGAACUUGCUUAGAGCAGCUAACCGGCAUAUCAUUCAGAUUGAGAGUGCGGACGACGUCGUGGCGGGCGACACCAACGCUGACCCGCAAUCCCAGACUGCCAUGUCGCUUCCUUACAUUCCAAAGACUCAGACUUCUUACGGUUUCGCAACGUUGAUGGAGAGUCCCCACACUCGGCGAAAAGAGUCCUUGUUCCACUGUGACCACACCAGUCCAGUUACGUCACCCAAUACCCAACGCAAGUCCCAAGGGAAGAGCAGCAACGAGGGGAAUCACCUCAACCCUCCGGACUUUGGCACCUCGCACAUAAACCCCUACCGAUACUUCAGCGGUGGCGAGAGUGACACUUGCUCUUCGGCUGAGUCGUCCCCAUUCAGUUCGCCACUUCUCUCUCGUUCCGCUUCUUUACUGAAGAUCUUCACCCAUGAGACACAAGCCAAGGUUGCCAAAGGCAAGCGGACAUUUGCAAGGCAUAGCUCCCUGUCUACAGACGAGUGCAGCUCGGCAGAGCCCAGCCCUAAUGUUCCAAGACGGAGCCACUGUUCCUCCUUGCAAGGUGGUGGAGCUCUGGACCACCUUCAACACAAGGAGCACACCAUCAACAUGCACAAAGGCGGCACCGUCCGACUUUGCGCAGACUACGACGCCGGUACGGCCCGUCUGCGAAUCCGCAUUAUGGCGGCCGAGGACCUGUACGAUCCCGUGUUUGACAUUAAAAGCAUUAACUGUUGUGUGUCUCUCUACCUCAAUCCGGGCAAGCUGCAGAAGCAAAGGAGCACGAUAAUCAAGAACAGCCGCAAUCCUGUCUUCAACGAGGACUUCUUUUUUGAUUCGGUGACUUCGGCUCAGGUUAAGAACCUAGCUCUGAAGAUCAAGGUUGUGAAUAAAGGCACUAGCCUGAAAAGAGACACGCUGUUAGGCGAACGGGAGGUCCCUUUGUGCAAGCUCUUGUCUGGAUUUUAGGCCUUCGUGGAAUAAGGAAUAAGGUCAUCUGUAUUCUUCUUGAUAUUUGCUUCGUUGUCUUUCACGUAGCGGUGGUUAAUUUAGUAUUUACCCAGUCGGAAGCAACAACCACCACCCGCUCCAGAUCAAUGCAUUAGCAUAGCUUUAAAUUUGUUGCCUGUAAAUAUAAAAAGAGUCUUUUUGUAUGUUGCCUUCUGUAUUUUGGUUGUCCUACGCAUUUAGCCUAAUUAAGACCAAGCGUUUACCUUUUUGAUUGUAAAGACUUAUUUCCACAGAGCCGCAGUCCUUUGAAGCUACACAAUGGCCCUCUGUGCUAAUGUUAGCUUUGAUCCUGGAUGCAUCUGCUGGCUAAUUUGGAGGAUAAAUAACCAGACUGAACAAUGUUGUGUCACACUCCACGUGUCGGCGUCAGACUUUGGCGUAAACUUGUAAAUGCGAUGACGUAUUCUUGCAAAUGUGCAGAAUGUCAUUUGGUGAAACCCAGAAGCCUUACUGAAGAGCGAUUUUUGCAUGUUUAGAUUUGCUCAGAUUGGAUCAUCUGUGUCUAUUUGUUGGAAAUCAUUGUAUGAAAUGAGUGUUCUGGCUUCGACGCUCUGUCAAAAGCCUUUUAUGAAACAGGGUUCGUAUGAAAUACUUUCUUUGAAAGUCUUUCCAUGCACACUACUUACCCAGAGGAAAGUACUAAAUAAAACAACACCUCUUGUUAUAGGAGGAUCCAAAUUUCAAUCCUGUAGGCAAAAAAAAAAACGUAACGGUAAAAUUCAUCAUAAAAUCAAACGGCAAAGAAAACUGAAGUGUAUAUGCUGCAUGUGUCAUUAUGCAAAUGGAUGAUCUGACGUGCAAUUUGCGCUUUCAACAAACAGAAAUGGUAUUAAUAUAAUGAAUGGACGGAUGAAUGCUGGAUCUUUCUUUUCAGGCUUGAGAUAUUGUUUUUUUGGUAAAAUAAGACUAAGUAGCUAUUAAAUUAUUGGAAGGAAUAUCUACACUCCUUUGAUGAUUCAUAUUAAAUUAUAUAAAUUUAGUAAGCGGUUAUUUCCUUUCUGGCUCCGCUUUAUAGAUAAAGAGCCGAAAAGGCAUUUUUGAGGUAAUGAGGCAGCUAGUGCUCAUUAAAAUGCUAAAAAAACAUCAAAAAUGGCCCCAUUGAAACUAACUAAUAGCUGGGUAGGUUACAAAGGCGAUGCAGGGAAUGGACAAAAACAUUUCUAUAUUUACGAUCUGUGGAUUGUGCGGUAAUUAUUUGAGUGCAAAAAGCAUAUGAAGCUUUUCAUUUAUAUUCAAGUGUUUCAUUAAGUCUUAAAUUUCCUAAAAUGCUGGAGUCUUCCUGUUUUAACAGGUGUAUUUUGUAAAAUAAAAAAAGUGCCAAUCCUAUGUACUUGAUGUAGAAGUGAACCGUUCACCUGGCGUUUAGCGUGAUUUGUUCAUAGUGGAUCCCGUCAACUCUGAUGUUUGUAACGUGUGCAUGGAUAAUAUUUUCACUGUGGUAAUCAAGCUAAUAUAAUAUUUUUCCAAGUGUGAGCUGUUUGAUGGAGAUGUAAUUUUUUCUGCAUGGAUGUUCAACUGGUGUAUCUGUAUUUUAGAUGGACAGCUGGAGGUUUUGCAACUCAUGAAAGAAAUAAUAAAAAUAAUGCAUUUGUGGUCA